GUCACUAUUCAUAUAAGUAUGUAACUAGUUUGUUAGUGCCCUGACCACAAGGAUACUCUUAUGUAGCUUGAAGCUUUAGACUUUUUUCGAGAUAUAUUGUGACUAUUGUCUGCCAUUUUUCUCUAUCUGAUCUGUUUGAAUAUUUAUAGCGGAGAAAUGAUGGGCAGACUUUUGUGGCAUUUUGGCGUAUAAUUAUUGAUUGUGGGGAGUAAUGAGAAGUUGUCGAUUGUAUGGGAUUGGAUAACAUUGUGGUCUGGUUUAGAGAAUUUGGAUGAAUGCAUGUGAGCUAGAUCAAGGAUCACAUAAGCAUUUGAUGAUGGAGACCUCCAGAUCACCAGGAGGAGUGGCGGAGAGGAACAGUGAAAGCACGCGGCGGUCUAAGACAAGAGAAGUUCCUUCUAGGUACAGGUCGCCUAGUCCAUCUGCAGGUUCUGGUCCUAAGCGCUGCCCUUCCCCGGGUACAACAAGAAAAGCAGUGGUUUCAUCAGCGUCGGCUCCAAAGAGGGCUGUAUCAGCCGAAAGGAGGAGGCCUGCUACACCACCGUCACCACCAAGUCCAUACACACCAGUAGAAGACACAGCAGCAGUUAUACAAUUGGCGUCAAAGAAGUUAGUGGGGAACCGGUUGCCAGAGGCUUUAUGGCCUUCAACAAUGCGAAGUCUCAGUGUUUCUUUCCAGUCAGAUUCAUUUUCUCUUCCUGUUAGUAAGAGAGAAAAACCAGUCUCUCAUGCCCCAUCAGACCGCACUUUGAAACCUUCAUCAAAUGUAGCACAUAAACAGUCUAUGACAGCUCCUGUUUCGCGGAAGUCUACACCAGAGAGAAAGAGAAGCCCUCUCAAAGGAAGGAAUUCUAAUCAUCAAUCAGAAAAUUCUCGACCAGUGGAUAGUUUACAUGGUCGACCAAGUGAUCAGCAUCGAUGGCCUAGCACGACAGGUGGUAAAGUAUCAUCCCCUUCUUCAACUAAACGAACUGAUAGCGGUGAUAGAACAAUGAAAGCUCUAGUUCAACCUCAGCCAGGAUUGGCCGCAUCUUCUUUAAGGAGAAUGUCGCUUCCUAAUUGUUUAAGCAAACCUUUACAAACUUCCCCCAGUGAUGCAAUGAGGCUAAUUUCAUCUGAUGGAAGUGGAAAGAUAGAACUGGAGGCAUGCCCCACUGAAGAUAAUGCACCUAGGAUACCCAAUGUUGUUUCUACAAGAUCAUCAGAAAGAACCAAAACAGUUACUCCAUCUGUCCGGGCUCAGUCUUUACCCACUUCGGGGGCACGCCCUGCAUCACCAAAUAAAAUGCAUGUUUCAUCAACCUCUCAUUCAAGAGGUGUUAGUCCAUCUCGAACAAGGGCCUUCACUCCUAGUUCAGCUAGAGGAGUCAGUCCGGCUCCAUCUAGAGGAGUCAGUCCGGUUCCAUCUAGGGGAGUAAGUCCGUCUCCAUCCAGGGGAGUAAGUCCAUCUCCAUCUAGAGGAGCAAGUCCAUCUCGGACUAGACCAUCCAGCCCAUCUAGGCAAUCCAGCAGUUCAACAUCUGUACUGAGUUACAUCUCGGAUAUGAAAAAAGGAAAGAAGGUUGCAAGCCACAUUGAAGAUGCUCAUCAAUUACGGGUACUGUAUAAUAAGCAGUUGCAAUGGCAAUAUGUCAAUGCCCAAGCAGAUGCUGCUCUAUAUUCACAGAAAGUAACAUCAGAGACAGCAUUGUGCAAUGUGUGGAGAACUACUUCUGAAAUGUGGGAGUCAGUUGCUGAGAAGAGGGUCGAUCUCCAAAAUCUGAGGCUGAAGCUAAAGCUCAACUCAGUUCUGAAAGAACAAAUGGCAUACCUUGACAGAUGGCCAAUUAUUGAAAAAGAUCAUUCUUGUGCUCUAUCUGGAGCUAUCAAAGAUUUAGAGGCAAGCACUCUCCGUCUUCCAGUCACUGAAGGAGCACGGGCAAAUAUUGAUACUGUGAAGGCAGCCCUGUGCUCAGCUGUUGAAGUCAUGCAGAUGACAGGAAAUUCCAUCUGUUCAGUUCUUUCAAGGGUUGAAGGGAGGAAUUCUCUGGUUUCAGAACUUGCUGAAGUAGCAGCACAGGAAAGAGCCAUGCUCGAUGAAUGUGAAGCAUUAUUGGCAACUACAGCAGCUAUGCAGGUGGAAGAAAAUAGCCUUAGGACGCAUCUCUUACAGUUAAAACACGGGUUUGGUGAAGAACAUCUGAUAUACGACGACUACUAAAACACUCCUGGACUCUCCAGACACUAACACGUAACGAUAUUUCAUACACUUCUUCAACAAAAAACACCAAAAUGACAUGCUUAUCAGCCAAAAAGGUCGCGGCGAAUUAGUAAAUAUCGAUAAAUAUUUAUUUUCCCAGGAGGGAAGAUCUGUAACUGUCUACUUUAUUUCUUCAUCGUUCCAUGGCAAGAGCCUCUGGCUCAUCCUGUAAUUGUUUUGAGUUAUUAAUGAAAAGAAAGCUAGAGCAAUUGUGUUUGA